AUGGAUCCGCAGCAGCCGGAGCCCGUCAGCUAUCUGUGCGGAGAUUGCGGAGCUGAGAACACGCUAAAGUCAGGAGAUGUGAUCCAGUCCCGUGAAUGUGGCUACCGCAUCCUCUACAAGAAGCGCACCCGCCGAAUUGUUCAAUAUGAAGCGCGUUGAAGACAAUCUCGCAAUGCAUUUAGUGCCCUGAGACAAAUCUACAAUGGUGGAAUGUAUAAAGUAUUCGUAGGUUGUACCUGUCCAUUUGACUUUGGCUUGAAGUUGUAACACUUGCUGUAUUGAGUUGUGAGGUUUGACCAAUAUAUCGAAUUGUUGGCAUCCUUUGCCAAAUCAUAUCUGCUGCGAAUUCAUUACAACUUUGAGUAUAUAUCUUGCUACA